AUGUACUCAUUCGGCUGUCUGGUGCGCGGGGAGGACCUCUGGCCUAGACAACAUCCCCUUACCUACACCUACCUGGCCGCCCCUCUGCUGCUGCCGCCCAUCCAGGCCAAUGGCUUCUGCCACGGGCCGGCGGCUCCCCGGGAAUACCACCGCUUCUACCGCGCGGGUGCGCCCCUGGCCGCGCCGCCUUGGUGGAACUUCCUGCCGCCCUGCGCUGGGGCCGUGGGCCCACCGUUCCCCGACGCUGCCGGUGUCCCAGGGCGGCGAUCUCCGCCGCUGCCCACGUGGGAGUCGCAGUGGCCGGAGGGCGGCAGCGUGGAGGCGGAACUGCGCUGGGGCCGCGUGGAACGCACCCGCGGCCCCCGCCUGCCGCUGCCGGACCCCGUGCGCCGGGAGCUGAGGCGCGUGUACGGCACCUACCCGCACACCGAUGUGCGCAUCACGCACCGCCGCGGCGAGUUCCUGCUGCACGCUGCGCCGCGCGUGGGCGAGCCUGAGUACCGCGUGGAGAGGCGCCUGGAACGCCGGCCCCAGAACGGCCAGGACGCCGUCCCCGCGCCGAAGACCAGGGAAGGCGCCCGCCGCCCGCCCAGGAGAGGCCGCAGCUGA